AUGAAGCUAGAGUUUGGUGUUUUUUGUCGACCAGCUGAGGGCCCGGCCAACCGACCUGAUCGACCGAAACUGGAAUUUUCGGCGGAGUUUGACAUGGAUAUGAAGAACACUGACUGCUAUCUUCGCUUCGAUGAUUAUGAACGAUACAUUCGGGUGAGGAUCGGUGGCCAUGAUACAAGGAUCGCUCAGAGCGUGACCAUUGCCAUGGCAUCGAUCGAUCGGGUGUCCAUGGACGGGCCUUGGGUACUCUUUGAGCUCGCACAUAACGUCUCGUAUGAGACUGAAGAGAACUUCCCACCUGAGAAAGAUAUGGGAGUUGAAGUCAAGGAUGCGAUGUACCGCACCCGAAGAAAAGCAUUACUCGACCAUAAAUACGACUACAUGGAUUACAUUGUUGCGCAUGAGCGAGUGGCUCCAUAUGCGUCCAAAGUAUUGCGUCUCCUUAUCCUUCAUGAGGACUUGGAUAAGUUCUGCCGAGUAGCCAGAGAAGCACAACUUCCUUCCAUAAUUCCUCUCAAGAUAGGGGAUGUGCAAUCCGCUUCAACAUUCAAAUUGUACUCUCAAGACUAUCUCGAGAAAACUAGGCGUUGGAUACAGUCUCUUUCUUCUUGGGGGAUAGAAUAUCAAUUGGAAGCGAUUCUAUCGAACGGACUGUUGACUGCUGCGGAGAUCCAUGACCAACUCAGAAAGAUUCUUCAGCCUUUGAUUAAAAAGAAUCCUGGGGAAGCAGUCGAUGUCCUUCACCAUUUUAUUUCAGUUCUCAAGCGCUAUAUUGAUCAAAGGGACUACUCGCAUUCAUGCAAAAAGAUUUUCGGCGAAGCGGUGGAUGAGUUCUAUAGUGCCAAUGCCCGGACCUUGUUAAAUAAGGAGGGUCCGCAAGACUUCAUGUGCACACAGGUUGCUUUCACCCCUACGACUCGGUUUCUCACUGGCCCAUUUCCCGACAUGAGUAAUCGCGUUGUUCGCACCUUUUGGAAUCACCAGGACCACAUUGUGCGCGUUAAUUUCGCAGACGAGGAUCUGAUGCCGUACCGAUACAAUCGAGAUAUCAGCAAUGCUCAGUACAUCUUUCCCGGUGUGAGGGAUAUUCUUCGAGGGGGAUUCUGGAUUUCCGGCCGUCAUUUCCAAUUUUUGGGUUAUUCCAGUUCAUCGCUGCGCGAUCACACAUUCUGGUUUGUGAACCCCUUCCGAGUUGGGGACAUUCUGUGGAAUGCAGAAGCUAUCAGAAGCAGCCUGGGGGAUUUUUCGAUCAUCAGAGACCCCAACGGCAACGAGACAAGCAACGAGAAAACGAUUAAGUGCCCCGCCCGCUAUGGGGCCCGCAUUGCUCAAGCCUUCAGCGCAACGGAACCCUCAAUAGAGAUCAAACCAUCCGAAGUGCGACAUCUACCCGAUGUCGAGAGAAAUGGUUCUAUUUUUACAGAUGGGGUUGGGACGAUUUCCAAGGAAUUGGCGAAUGAAGUUUGGAAUCGUUUAUGUCAACGCCGACGCCGACGCACCCUAAUACAACCAAGCGUUUACCAAAUACGCUUCCAAGGAUAUAAAGGCGUGGUUGCUGUGGACCCAACUCUUGAGGGGAGGAAACUUUGUCUUCGUCCCUCAAUGAACAAGUUUUACUCGGAAAGUAGCUGGAACCUCGAGAUAUGCAAGCCUUUUGACCGUCCCUCAAUCGCACACCUCAACAGGCCCCUUGUCAUGUUAUUGGAAACGAAUGGUAUUGGAAAAGACGUUUUCCUCAAAUUCCAGCGUGAAGCGGUGAAGGAGGCCAAUUUAGUGGUAGACACUCCAUCCGACUUCGCACGAUUAGCUGCGUUCUAUGCUUUAGGGGGAUCAUUCUCAUUAGUUUUCCUCUUGAAUCAGUUGCAGGAACGACAAAUAUUCGACUUCUCGCGGUUCAAUGAGCAGGAAGAUGGCAUGCUUGGCUUUUUGCAGCGUAUAGCACAAAUAUCACAAGGGCAUAUUCUGCGCGAGUUAAAGCAUCAUGCCCGUAUCCCUAUUCGCGGUUCAUGGACCCUUGUUGGCGUCGCCGAUGAAUGGAAUGAACUAGAAGAAAGGGAGGUGUACGUUAAUGUCACCGAUCCCAACUCGGAGGCUGGGUCAGUCUGGUUGGAAGGAGAAGUGCUGGUAUCGCGCAGUCCUACAGUGCAUCGUGGCGAUGCGCAGUUCCACACGGCUAUAACGCCUCCCGAAGACAGCCCUUGCCGGGAACUAAAAAAUCUGAUCAUAUUUUCAGUGGAAGGUGAACGCUCUCCGGCUUCAUGUUUAGGAGGGGGGGAUCUCGACGGAGAUAUCUUUGUCGUCAUCACUCAAGAAAAGCUUCAUCCGAUCGCCGAUGUGGACCCAGCCGAGUACGCUGAAGUUAAGCGGAGAGAGCUCGACCAUGACUCUACCAUUGAUGAUGUGUGCGAUUUCAUCAUGGAGUACUUUAACUCGGAUUACAUAGGUUUAGUUGCUACCAACACCCUCAUCAUAGCCGACCAGAAUGAAGAAGGUCUUGGCCAUCCUGCUUGCGUGGAGCUUGCAAAUCUUCAUUCCCAUGCCGUGGAUUACCCAAAGAAUGGGAUUCCAGUCGAUAGAGACCGUAUCCCUAAGCCUAAAGGAUCACGGAAGCCGGACUGGAAUGCCGGGGAGUUGAGGGAUACACGUUCGCCGAGAUAUUACGAAAGCAAGAAGGCCAUUGGACAUUUGUUCCGUGAUAUAGAAGUCCCAGACUCCCCAAGACCCAGACGUGGCCUCCCUAUUCCACCAUUCAGGAGCAAGUCGCAAAAGACUGAAGAACCCCCACCUCCACCUCCCCAGUGGCCGGGGAAGGAGAUUUCUGAGCGGCGAUUGGCGAGCGAAAGUUUCCCAGCCUUGAGCUCCUCAUCUGCCCCCAAAAGGAAGCCUUUGUCUACACCAUGGGGCAAGUCUCAAGGAGCAAUUGCAGGUACUCGUGCCAAGAUAGCGGCACCGGUCUGGAAAACUCCAAGUCCGCAUAACCUUGGCUUGGGCUCAGCUCGAGGAGUCACUGUCUCACCACGACCACCCCCACCUCCUGGACUGUCGUCGUCUUCGGGCAUUUCGCCACCACCGGGGAUCCGAAGGCCACUGGCACCAGGGCUUACUUCGUCUUCAGCGCCUAGGGGACCAAUGUCCCCCGCGGAAUCACCAUCACCACUUCCACCGUGCGACCCUGAGACAGUGUUGAGCCGUCUGAGUGAACUCGCCUCUCCCUACCUAGGGGCUGAUGCUGGCGAAAAAUUGGUAACACCUAAAGACAUAAUAGAACUUCAAGAGAUCUAUGGCCGCUUCGUCGUGGAUCUUCAGAAUAUCAGCGUGGCGCAGUCUCUGGGCGAGUCAUUAAUGGAAGAAGAGCUCGUCGCAGGCACUAUCAUUGCAAGAUGUUCACAAAACCGGAGACGCCGCGAACUUGCCAUUCGUAUGCGCAGCCUUACAUCACGAUUGGUUACUGAAGUUCGCAAUAUUAUAUCCAAGAGGGAUACUAUCCCUUUGGAGUACCGGUUGAGGCGUGCGUUGGCCGCUUACCGGGUUGCAGCCAAAGACGCACAUGACCAUGCUUGGGGUUCAUCGGCCAUGUGCACUGUUGCACUUACUGCGUUCUGCGAUACGCUUAAAUUGUUGGAUGGCAAUAGCGACCCAACUGCCGAUGCCCAGCUCGUCGGAGGGGAACAUCUGUUGGACUUGGAGACUCCAUGA